CUCUAGCGCAUUUUGCACGGCAUCGCUGCGGUAGCAUACUAAAACGUGCCUCGCAGAAAUGUUGUUUAUAAUAACGAUGCUGUUCACCCGAAUUGUUACUGCCCUUCCAAAUUCGGGCUGUGAGUAUAGUUUUCAUCGUCUGCGAUGUGCCGGGAACAAUCUGAUUCUGCCCUACACAUUUCAGGUUGCUUCUAUUCCCCGUGAGGUCGAUGAAAUUUUUCUCAGUUGUCCCGCUCACAGUGAUAUAGCUCCAAGAAAGCGAUUGGUUUACUGCAACGUAAUUUCCGAUGACAUGUCUCCCUUGCCAUUUCUGAAAUUUUUACGUUCUGCAUGGUUUAAAGGAUUUAGAGCCGGAAGAGUUCCUAUUGACAAGCUCCUAACGCAUAACAAGCACAUUCUAACGCUCUCAAUUCGGUGCUCCCGAAUCGGCACCAUUGAUCGCGAGUACUUUUCGGGCUUUGGAAAGCUGCAGCAUCUCUAUCUUGAGCGUAAUGACAUUCGAAGUAUCAGCGUGGACGCUUUUUCCAGUCUAGCCGGGGAAACGUUAGUGGAACCGUCAUUGAUACAACUGUAUUUUGAUGGCAACGCUGUGGAAGCAUUUGAUUGGAGAUCUCUUUUGCCCAUCAGAAACACGUUGGCCUUACUUAGCCUGGAUGACCAAAUGCCGAAAUUGCGUUCCUUAACAUUAAGCGGCAGCACUUUCUCCACCUCGAUACAGGAGUUGUCCAUUAACGAUAAUAAACUGAAAUCUAUCCCUCAUGGAGUGUUGAGCAGCAUCGGUUUGAAUGCAUCUGUGCCAACACUGUUAUAUGACCGUGGAAUACCGUUUUGCAUCGAAAGUAAAUGUAACUGCUGCGAAUUGAUGCAUUUUACGUCCUGGAACAAAAUAUUUGUGUCGGAAACGCCGCGGAUUCGUAGCACGUUAUCCUGUGGAACGCAAUUCGAGCUGCCAGUUGAUAGUCAAUACGAGUUAUUACAAAUGCACACGAAGCCUGGCUGGUUUGACCACUGUAACGCUACAUCGACAGCAGUUUCUAGCACAGCCAUCACGACAACGACACCCACCGCGACAGCAGACGCGACAAAUCACAGGUUACAGUAAUCUAAGCGCAAUGUGUCCGGAGACAAAACCUAUUGAAAUCAACUGUUCACUGGGCCGAUUAUCCAUGUCGCAGCCUGAUUUGCAGCAUGCCGAGGGUACAGUUCUCAUCUUCCACACGGAUCGCUCAUUUGCCUGCAAAUUUGCAAAAUGAAACUUUACAAUCUCCACACUGUUAUUCAACUUAAUGUCUUCAACAUCACCAAGCAGAACGACAUCCAACAGCACCAGCAGGAAGAGAUCCGCGUAGAAUGCGCCAACGAGCUGCCCACUCUCAGCUCCACCGAUCCGGAACAUUCGCACGCCCACCAACUCACCUUUUCCUCCGACCUUACCAGUUUUUGCUUCGCAAAAUUUACGGAAUUUCUCGAUUACAUUCAUAUUUCUAAUGAUCUCGUGACAGACCACGAUAGCCUGUUAGUGGCUGCGGAAUCGGACAAGAACAGGCUUUCGGACGAGACGUGGAGAACCUGCGGUGACAUCAUUACUGCUUCGUGCACCGAGGGAACGUUUCUGUUUCCCGCAUCAAGCACGCCGCCAUGAAAGCGGACGGUGUAGUGAUCCUAGUGGAUCAAACAUUUCACUGUCGCAGCACCUUGGUGGCCAUUCACGAGCACGUUCUGGCACAGGAAUUGACCACCGUGGAACCCACGACGCCGCUUUCCCAAUCGAUCGCUGCGGUGUGCAACAACGGCCGCAUAGUGGUCUCCGAGGGUCAUCCGCGACGCUCCAAGAAAACGGCAAUGCAAUACUCGGUCAGGCCAAGCAAGUUCUGUCGCAGUGCUUUUCACAAGUUUUUGGAGCUUUUGUACGCAUUUUAGCGCUUUCAGCGUCGACUUUCUUUGACCUAUUCGGGUUUGUCAGGAAGCCGAAAAUUUGCAUACUAGUAACAGCAAUUUGUAUGGCACAGUAAGCUUUGCCAAAUGGAUGA